AGUACAACUGCAUAAAUUCCCCAAAACCAACCCACCACCCCCGCCCAAAACACUUCAUAUAUAUAUUCAGGUUCGAUUUAAAGAGAUUAAAAUAGCAAAAAAUGGAUGACUCAGGUUCGAUUUUGUGUCAGUUGUCUGCACUCAAGGAUAUGCUUGAUCAGGUAAACGAAGAAAUAGAGGCGAAUUACCAAAUCACGCGUGAAAUCGAAUCAGAAAUAGUCAAGUGUUCCGAAUUCAAAAGAAGUUUGGUUGUUCGAGAAUCAGAGUUGAUGAAAACGGUUUAUAUGCUUCAGUUUCAAAUUAAUGCCCUUAUUGCUCUUCAUUCCGAAUCAAGAUCAGCGAAGGAAUGGCUUGAGGAGGAAUUGUCUGGCAUAAAAAUAAAACGAGACGAAAUAAUAGAAAGAAUGGAUAACAAGAGAGAAGCAUUUAAUACAUUGUGUCUGGAUUUCCAAAAGGGGAUUCAAGACGAAGGUGAUGGAAAAGUAGGGAAAUUGCUGGCAGAGAAAGAGUACCUUGAAAAUGAAGUUCAUCUUUCGAGGACCAAAGUUAGUUCGUUACAAAGUUCAAUGUCAGAUUUUAUUGAAGAGAUUCUUGAAGGUAUUAAUGCCAAUAAUUCAGUGAUGGAGCGACUGUACUUUGAGGAGCAUCAAGAGUACAUAAAGAAACCCACAUGCUUUCUCAACACUCGAAAAUUUCUUUUUAAUUAUGUUGCUGCCAUAAUGCUGACUGCUGACUUUGAUGCUUUGGUUAUCGAGAUAGAGCGUGGUAAUUCUGAGAAUGACAAAUUGGUGAAAGAUAUCAAUGAACUGAAAACUACACUGCUUGCAGCAAUGUCGCCAUGACUGACAGACAAGGCAAAGUUGGCAUUCGUUACCACUUUAGACUUUAGAGCAUAGUUGUUGACCAUGUCUAUGACAUGAUAAUGUAGGUAUGUAACUACUAUGUAAAUAUACUCUGUCAUUCGAUCAAGGCAAUGUGACUACAGUGCUUCAAAAGUUAAGCUCAUAAUUCCAAUUUUGCUCAAACCAUAA